CACCAGUUUCUUGACAACAAAUGCUCAAGCAUAGACACACUUCCUUUACAAGUCUUUUGUUUGAAGUCGGCUGAAGAAAUAGGAUUCAUUGUCGCGAGCAAAUCAGGAGACAAUAUGGCAAUCACUAGAUCAUUAACCCAUGUUUGCUAUGAUCACUAUGAGUUGAAAACAUAUGCGAAGUUGUUCAACUGCGACGGCUGCAAGAUGAAAGGGUUCGGAGAAAGGUAUACGUGCAAUCUUUGUGGUCACGAACUACACAAGGAGUGUAGGCACCCCAAAUCUGAAGUUUCCCAUGAGAAUUUUGGUGGCUCCAUCUUCACAUUUCUCGAUAAGCCAUUCACCAGAUCGGGUAAAAAGAAUCGCAGAGAGUUUUCGAAGUGCUGUGAUGCAUGUGGAAAGGACAUAUGCGGUUUUAACUACCACUGUGAAGAAGACAACUUGGAUUUACACCCAUGUUGUCGUAGAAUUGAAAAGAAACUAGUAAUUGAUGAUACAAUAUUUGAUCUUGAGACAAAGGUUUCAUCAAAGUGUGGUAAGUGCAGAAAGAAGAAGAUUUCUAGUGACGAGAAAAAUGUUCAGGGAUGGUCUUAUGUCUCUCAGUGCAAAAAGUAUCAUUUUCAUGUGUAUUGUAUAAAUGAAAUGGUACAUGAGGCGUAUAUGAAGCAUGGGGAUUUGGCAUUGGAGAAUAUGGAUUUAAGAGAUUUGGUUAGAUAUAAUAGAAACAUAGAGGGUGGAAAUACCUUCCUUACAACAAUCAAAUCGUUCAUCAAGAUCCUAUUGUCUGCUCUUUUGGGUGAUCCGACGAUGCUGUUUUCCAAUUUUGCGGUGGAGAUGAUUUGGCGUGGCAUUUAAUUACAGUGUCUUUCUUCUUCUAUUUUUCAGUGCGGUGUGUAGG